AUGGCGGCGACGAAGGAGACCGGGCGAGCGGCAGCCCCGAGCGGGAAGCGCCGGAGGGGCCUCCGCCAUCCUGCUUCGGACUCCCAGACCCUGGCGCGGCUCGCAGCAGGACCAUGGCUUCCUGGGGCUCUUACCUGCUCGAAGCGGACUCGAGGAGAUGCGGCCACACGUUCUGCUCGACCGCCCGUUUUGCCGCCUCCGCCUCGCCCUCCCCAGCGCCGCUGCCGCCAUCUUGUGUCCCGGGCCGGGACUCUGCGCUGCGCAUGCGUUGGUACCGCCUCUGAAGGACCUCGCCACGGCCGCGCCGCCAUCUUGAGUGUGGCAAUGUUGGCUGGUUCCCCAGACCUUGAUUGCUUUCUCCCUCCCCCUCCCCAACUCCCCAUUUUCCGGUCCUUCUCUGUUGUCCCUUGUGGUCCUCAAGAGGAGGAAAAGCAGCUUUGCUGUUCUUGA